AAUGCUGGUCAUUAAUAUUAUAUCUUUGUAUAGUGUUUUGGUAAUAAAUUUUGAGCAAUAAACACAUAAUUAAAUGCUAUCUAAAAUAUACUAUUAUUAUCAUCUUGAAGGAAUGGUUAUGAAUAAUAAGUAAAAUAUUACAUUACUGCUAAUAAUCCUAUUAAUUAAAGUGAAUCAUUAAGCAGAUUAGGAAGAAGUUAUGGAGUUUUGACAUGGGUAUUUUGAGCAAUAAUUUUAAAGUUAAAGGCUUGUAAAUUGUGAAAAUAAAAGGGUUUGCAGCCUGAGUAUUAU